CCUCCUCCGUUUCUCUCGAACCAGUCCCGUCGUCAGAGCCUCCUGCUAACCUCGGUCUCAGGGAUCCUCCUCAGAUCGAAACUUCUCUCCUUUUUCCCGCUCACCACUCCCAUACUUAGAAUCAUCGCCUGCUGUGUUUAGUUCUGUGCGGCGCGAUUUUUCUUGGAGAUGGUUGUUGAUUGAAAAUCGCAUUGCGUUUUAGAAUAAUUUUUCGAAUCUGAGGUAGAUAGAUUUUGGUUUAAUCUGGUUAGGAUUGGUUUUGUAGAUCUUAUACUGGUUCACUAGACAGGGCAUGUUUAGCCUCGAGGAAGGAGGCCCUCCUGGAUCAUGCUCUCUCUCCCACCCAUUCGCAGAUUCUUCUUCCGUUCUUGUUCCUCUAUAGCCACCACUGCUCUUGCAUCUACCACCUCCUCUCAGGAGCCUGCCCUUGUCAAGCUUAAAUCUGAGCGAGACCCCGAGAAGCUAUUCAACCUCUUCAAAUCCAACGCCACUAACACCUUACUCAUCGAGAACCGUUUCGCUUUCCAAGACACGGUUUCAAGACUAGCCGGGGCGCAUCGGUUUGAUCUCAUCGAGGAGCUUCUCGAGCAUCAGAAGACGCUCCCACAGGCUCGACGCGAGGGCUUCAUCGUCAGGGUCAUUAUGUUAUACGGCAAGGCUGGAAUGACCAAGCAGGCUCUGGAUACUUUCCACGGUAUGGAUUCGUCCAAGAGGACUGUUAAAUCCUUCAACGCCGCGCUUAAAGUCUUGACUUUUAAACCUGAUCUCCACGUCAUCCAGGACUUCCUUCUCCGUGCUCCCGAGCACGGAGUUGUAAUGGAUGCAGUUUCUUUUAAUAUUGCUAUUAAAUCUCUCUGCGAGAUGGGGUUUCUCGACAAGGCUUCUCUGGUGUUGAAGGAGAUGGAGAAGUCUGGUUUGGAACCAGACGUGGUUACGUAUACUACGCUUAUAUCUGCGUUCUACAAGCAGGAGGACAGGUAUGUGGUUGGCAAUGGACUGUGGAACCGUAUGGUACUCAAGGGGUGUAGGCCUAACCUCACCACCUUUAAUGUUAGGAUUCAGUUUUUAGUGAAUAGGGGGCGAGCUUGGGAUGCAAAUGAUCUGUUGCUUCUGAUGCCGAAACUCCAGAUGGAACCGGACGGGGUGACGUAUAACAUGGUGAUCAAAGGGUUUUUCGUGGCGGGGUUCCCUGAGAUGGCGGAAAGGGUUUAUACGGCGAUGCAUGGGAGAGGUUGCAAACCCAACGUGAAGAUCUACCAGACGAUGAUCCAUUAUUUGUGUAAGGCCGGGAAGUUUGAUUUGGGUUAUACGAUGUGUAAGGAUUGUAUGAGGAAGAAGUGGUAUCCGAAUUUGGACACGGUUGGUAUGUUGCUGGACGGGCUUGUGAAAAAGGGACAGGUUGAUCAGGCUAAGUUGGUAAUGGGGUUAGUUCGGAAACGGGUCCCUCCUUACAGCUCAAAACAGUUGUUCUCUCUGGAGUCCGUUUUGUAAUGGUGUUUUACAUGAAGUUUGUUGCAUUUACACGACUAUUGGGGAAGGGACAAAAGGGUUCUCUUUCUUUCCAGACGUUCUCCAGAGUUUCUCAUUGGUAUAGUUGUGGUGGAACUGGAAAAUGGUUAUGGUCCUAUAUUAGGAGGCACGCUAACAUCUUAUUUAACAAAUUUCAACUAUUUGUUCUUCCAAUGUUAAUAGAGCUACUCACUGCGAGGAGCAAUUUGGCAUACACAGAUAUGUCACCAAUCUUUCGCACGUGUGCUGGAGAAAGACAAGGAUAUGAAAUUUGUUUGGUGAUGAUGAACACACAGACACUUGGCUCAAACAACGAAUAAGCCCUGGAAAGAGGUAGGAAUCUUUAAAACGAGAAGAAAAAAAACUGAGGAAGCAAGAAGCUUUACUUUGUUAAUUUAGAAGAUGAUCCACAAUCUGUGCUUACUGUUGGAUCAACAAUAUUCUUUUGAUUACCAAAAUAUUAAAAGCAUACUAUUGUGUUAAAUUUUUGAUCCCAUAAAGCAAACAAUUUUUUUA